UCUAUGGUAUCAUCAUCAUUCUUCCGGUUCUAGCUAGGCCUACGGUGGUCGACUGGGUCCAAAAAGAUCUGAUUGUGCGUUUCCCGGCAGCACUAGCGCUGGCGACUUGUACACAAUCAUCAUGGCGUCCCAGGACGAAGUGGAAGAGCUGGGGAUGGAGGCGGAUGGACAGAAGCCACAGCUGAGCUGUGAAGAAAGCGGGGACAUAGCUCCUCAGGACAGCAGCUCGGCGCAGCCGGAAGAAGACGGCGCUGUCAGUAAUGGAGGGGACUCCGAGUCAGAGAAAGAGCUUGUAGAGUUUAAAAUCAUUUGGAAUAAGAACAAGUACGACGUAAAGCUUCCAUUGGAUAGUACAGGAGCAAGCCUUAAACAGAAGAUACAUACACUCACAGGUCUUCCACCAGCUAUGCAGAAAGUCAUGUUUAAGGGGCUGCUUCCCGAGGACAAGACACUACGAGAAAUCAAGGUCACCAAUGGAGCAAAGGUUAUGGUAGUAGGUUCCACCAUCAAUGACGUACUGGCUGUUACCACCCCCAAAGAGACCGUCCAGCAAGAGGUGAAGGAGGAGGAGAGCAAGAAGGAGCCAUUGUGCAGGCAGAAGCAACACAGAAAGGUACUGGACAAGGGCAAACCGGAGGACGUCAUGCCAUCCCUGAAAGGCGUGCAGGAGAGACUUCCGACGACUCCUAUAUCUGGUAUGUACAAUAAAUCUGGAGGGAAAGUCAGGCUGACAUUUAAACUGGAGCAAGACCAGCUAUGGAUUGGUACAAAAGAAAGAACAGAAAAAAUCCCCAUGGGUUCUAUUAAAAAUGUACUCUCCGAGCCAAUUGAAGAACAUGAAGACUAUCAUAUGAUGGCUUUUCAGCUCGGUCCUACCGAAGCAUCUUACUACUGGGUAUACUGGGUGCCAGUACAGUACGUGGAUGCCAUCAAGGACACAGUGUUAGGGAAAUGGCAGUAUUUUUGAAGUUACGCUCACCUCUGGCACAGGACGCGAGACAGUGGGAGGAGCCAUCCAACAGCCACACCUUUUCUUACCCCGCAUCCUCAACACCUGAACCCCGACCCCGCCAUCCAAUCCCUUUCUCCACUGCUCCACGGAAACUUACCGGGGUGGAACUUUUGCCGUUGCAAAACAUCCUGUGCGACAGAGAAGGCUUACUUUAUAGGAGCCAGAGGUGACCGAUCCAAAAAAUAGUUUACAUUUUUAACUCUUGCACGUUGCAGGGUCCCCCCCUGCAGCUGCCUCAGCCAUAUAUAUCCAAGUCAAUAAAGCAAACCGCUCCUUUUUUUUUUAAAUUCCCUUUUAAACCCUUUCCACUGCUAGGGAAGACCUAUAGGGCCAAUAGAUGGGUCUUCCUGAGCAGCCUUGGGAGAAGUAUCGGAUGAUUUGAUGCGGACACCAACGUGUCAGAAUUGGAACAGCGCCGUCUGCAGAUGCCACGUCUUCACUGCAUGCAGGGACCCCUUCAAAACACGCAGAGAAGCCCAGCUGAACGCUAGGAAAAAUCCUCGCAAAGUGCGGCAAAUGUUUCCAUAAAUACUCUUUAUAUUUAGUAUCUGCCAGCACGGUAAUGGAGGGAUUUCAAACUGCUUAAUUGUUUUUUGUUUUGUUUUUUGUUUUCUUAAUAUAGAAAAAAAAUAAUUAAAUGGAUGCAGGAGAGGCUGCACUGUAAAAAAAA